AUGGGGUUUCUGAAGCGGCCAAAACUACGUAGUCGCGAUGAUCAGAGGACGCGCGCGGCUGAGCUCACGCUGAGGGAAAGUAUCUAUCCGCUCUGCUUGGUGACGAUCCUCUUUUUUCUCUGGGGCUUCUCCUACGGCCUCAUCGACACGCUGAACAAGCAUUUCCAAGUCACGCUUGGCAUCACGCGCUCCCGCUCGUCUGGGCUGCAGGCAGCAUACUUUGGCGCCUACCCGCUGGCAUCGCUGGGCCACGCAAACUGGCUGCUGCGACACUGGGGCUACAAAGCCACGUUCAUCUGGGGACUGACAUUGUAUGGCAUUGGCUCGCUGAUCGCGUGGCCGUGUCUGGUAUACCGGUCGUUUGGCGGUUUCUGUGCCGCCAUCUUCGUUAUCGGCAAUGGACUAGGGUCGCUUGAAACAGCCGCAAAUCCUUACCUUGCAGUUUGUGGCCCGCCCAAGUAUUCCGAGAUCAGGAUCAACAUUGCGCAGGCGUUCAAUGGCAUUGGAACGGUUGUCGCGCCCGUCCUGGCGUCAUAUGUCUUCUUCAACAAUGUAGGAACAGACCAGAAGGCCUUGGAAAACGUACAGUGGACAUACCUGGGAAUCGCGUGCUUUGUCUUUUUGCUCGCAGUUGUCUACUACUUUACCGAGAUACCUGAGAUUACUGAUGCGGAUAUGGCUUUCCAGGCUGAGGCCGCCAACGCUGAGGUUGAAGUCAAGCCGUUCCGCAAGCAGUAUCGCCUCUUCCAUGCGACGUUUGCGCAGUUCUGCUAUACUGGCGCCCAAGUUGCGAUUGCCGGAGCCUUCAUCAACUACGUUACCGAAACGCGAGUGAAUGCCAAUGGAACCAUCACCGACAACGCUACGGCGUCGCGAUUCCUUGCGGGGGCACAGGGGUGUUUCACUGCGGGCCGAUUUGCGGGCAGCGCCAUCAUGAAGUAUACCAAACCGCGAUGGGUGUUUCUAGUCUUCAUGUCCAUGUGCAUCAUCUUCAUCAUUCCGGCCAUUACGGAGCGACACAACACGGGCAUGGCCAUGCUGUACAUGGUGCUCUUCUUCGAGAGCAUCAUCUUCCCGACCAUUGUGGCGCUUGGCAUGCGUGGCCUGGGCAAGUACUCGAAGCGCGGAUCGGGCUUCAUCGUGGGCGGAGUAGCUGGCGGUGCCGUGGUGCCGCCACUGCUUUUUGCAGCCAGCGACUCGCUUGGAAAGCCUCGACCGCUGGAUGGGUAUGCGCCGACGGCCACGGCCAUGACGGUUCCGCUGGCCUUUUUCGUUGCGGCGUGGACGUAUGCGUUCUGCGUCAACUUUGUGCCGGCUUACAGGAAUGUUGCCGACACGUUCUCGGCGACUGAAAUUGGCAUUACCAAUGCGCAUGCAAACGAUGCCGAGAAUCAGAUUGUGCACGGCGAGGUUGACAAGGCGAGCUCGCCGGCGCAUACGGAGCAGAUUGAUAGCGAGAAGAAGUAG